AUGACAAAUUUAAAUAUAAUUGUUUAUCUUCUCGUUUGUCCCUUCAAUUUAACAUACGUGUUAGAUUCAGUGUGUUAUAUGAGUGAAUUAAGUAAAGUAACUCGGAAUAAGAACACCUUCAGUUAUGGAAAUAAAAGGAAGAGUGGAAAAUACUCACUACAUUAUGAAGAGUACUUGUAUGAUAUGGGUAAAUCAUAUUUCGAAAUAAUACUAAAGAAUAAAAAAGAUAUUAGAAAAAUGCAAGAAGCAAAUUACGAUAUAAUAAUGGAACAUUACAGUAGUAAUAGAAAUGAAUACGAACUGGAGUUAGUACAAGUGAGAGAGGAUAUAAUACACUUAUUUUAUAAAAAUUUGAAAAGUGAAAAAUUAAUACAAAUAAAAAUUAACAAAAGAAAUAAUAAUAAUAAUAAUAAUAUUAAUGGUGGAAAGUUUUAUUCCUCUUUAUUUGCUAAUAAUUGUCUUUAUAAAUUAAAUGAAAAAGACUAUAACAUAAUGAAAGAAACAACGAAUCAUAGCAGGGCAAUAACACUAAAUAGUUAUUAUAUAUACACAUAUAUAAUGUUUUUUGCUCUGUGUAUAUAUGUAGAAAAGGGUUUAUUAAUUGCUUUUCCAGUUUUAAGAACAUACGAAAUAAUUUUGACACUAUUUAUUGUGUUUGUACCUGCUAUUUUAUUUAUAUUUUUUUAUUUUUACCUUAGCUUAAUAAAAAUAUUAGCGCUUUUUCUUUUUUUUUACGUAUUUUUUUUCCUAUGCCACUCUAAGAAAAGAGAAGUAAACACAAGUACGGAGAAACUGCUUCGAUUGGUGAGACCUGAUCCUGCUAUCACUACUGCAAGUGCUUCAGCUGCUAACACUGCUUCCGCCAUUACCAAUACUUCUAACGGAGUGGAUGGGGAAAACUAUGGUAGUAGGUACAUGUUGCUAAUGAACACGUCGUUAAUGAGCAUGAGACUGAUGAACAUGUGUAUGACCUAUCUGUGCAUAUUUGGAAUCGACUUUUUUUUUUUUCCAAAACAUUUUGCAAAAUCAUUUUAUUAUGGAAACACGUUGAUGGACUUAGGAAUUGGUGCUUGUAUUACUUCAAGCGCAUAUACUUUUAAAAAAAGAAAAUUAAAAUAUAUACAAGAGAAGAAAAGAAUAUUUGAGUUAAAACAUUUUAUUUUGUUUUUUCUUGGAAUUGCUAGGUAUAUAGCUAUUAAAGUUUUCAGUUAUCACUAUAGUUCAACGGAAUAUGGUGUCCACUGGAAUUUCUUUCUAACCUUAUUUUGUACCUUUACUAUUUCUAAUAUAGUUUUUAUUAUAAUUAAAAAAAUUUACCAUAUUUUUCUUUUUAGCUGUUUUUCGAUUUUUUUGUAUGAAUUGUUUAUACAAUUUUUUACCAUCCAUGAUUACUUAUUAGUAGAGAAUAAAAGAACAAAUUUUUUUUCAUUAAACAGGCAAGGUAUUUUUAAUGCCAUCGGUUCGGUUAACUUGUAUUUGUUCUCUGUUUCUCUUUGGCACGUAUUUAUCAUGAGAAAAGCAGCAGAGAGGGGUGAAGCAGCAAGAGCAAAGAGGGGUGAAGCAGCAAAGAGGGGUGAAGCAGCAAAGAGGGGUGAAGCAGCAAAGAGGGGUGAAGCAGCAGAGGGGAUGUUCUUCAAAGAUGAAGCUUACAAUAAGGGAAACUCAAAAAAGAGACGAGUGAAAUGUAGAACAUUUAUUUACUACUAUAAUCACUGCAUUCCGGUGUGUAUAUCUCUUCAGAAGUAUAUUCAAAGAUUCAAGCAUAAGUUUUAUUAUGCCUAUGUUAAUGUGAAACUAUUUUUCCUAUCUUUUAUAUUUUAUUGUCUUCACUUUAUUUUAAAUUCAUUUGGAAAUUAUAGCGUAAGAAUUUUAUGUAACGCUAAUUACAUUUUUAUCAUAUCAUCGAUCAGCUUAUUUUCUCUGUCCUUGAGUUACUUAGUAGAAUUCAUCCUAGCAGUAAAUAUACGAAUAUACAUAUUAGACAAAAUAAAUCAAAACAGUCUUAUCGUUUUUUUAUUUUGCAAUAUUUUGAUGGGUCUCUUUAACAUCCUUUUUCGACCCUUGUUAUACCCCCUCAUAUUGGAUAUACUCAUUUUAACUGCCUACGCAUUUUUAAUUUUAAUCUUCGCUAGUUUCUUGUCGGGAUGUGCAAAUCCGACCAUGCUUGAAAAGAAGCAAGCAUAG